AUGCAGUGGGACCAGAGUCAAAGAGCAGGACUGAAUCGAAGGGUGAUGCAGAACAGAAGAGGGCAGCAGAUGAGAACCCCUGCAAACCGUGGCUCUACAUCGCAGGAGCUCGGCGUGGGCAAACCAGAGAGGAGCAGGCCUCUGUCUUCUCCAUCCAGAAUGCCCACAGGCUCUGUUGGCUCUCUCAAUAUCUUGGCCAGCUUUGCAGGGAAGAACCGUGUCCUUGUUAUCUCGUCCCCACAUGAGUCAGACGGCUACUACCGCCUGAUGAUGAGUCUCCUCAAGUCGGACGUAUACUGUGAGAUGGCUGAGCGUCACAUGCAGCAGAUCAUUAUGUUCCACCAGGAGGACCAGGCCGGUGGGAAGGUGCGAAGGGUCUCCAAUCAGGGUCAGGUGACAGAGGAGCGCCUGGACCCUGCACUCAUCCCCAAGCUGAUGAGUUUCCUCAAGCUGGAGGAGGGCAAGUUCUCCAUGGUGCUGCUGAGGAAGAACCUCCAGGUGGAGGAGAGAUACCCCUACCCAGUCAGGCUGGAGGCCGUGUAUGAGGUGAUGGACCAAACCCCAAUUCGCAAGCUGGAGAAAGCCAGACAGAGAGGUUUUGUGCAGAGGUGCAAGGCAGCUGGAGUGGAGGGUCAGGUGGUGACGACAGGCUCAGAUGGACAACAAAACGCAACAUUGGAAAAGAAACCAGCAAAGGAGACGACAAUGGUGAGGCCAGCAAAGGAGCCAACCCGGAUGCCUGUAGCUAUGACCAUUCCUGCUGCUACUACAACCAUGAGGACUACAACAAAAUCAACCACAACUACAACUAGAAGACCCGCUAGAACCACAACAAAAGCUACCACAACAACUAAACGCACACCACCUACUACCACCACGAAACCACCGACAACUACAACCACAACAACAACUACAAAGGCAACCCCAACCAAACCUCAAACGACCAGAACUACAAGUACCACAAUACCCUCAACCACAGCCACCUUGACUACUCCAACUCCCACCCAACUGCAAACUGUACCUUGGGACAUGGAUCCCCUCUCGACCAAUGAGGAUAACAGCCUCCACUCAACUAGCCGUGAUGGUGACAGAGAGCAAAGAAUUACAGAACCCAAAGGUGGUAAGCCAAGCCAAGAAAUAACCCCAAGUCCAACUGAGAUCACAGACGGCAAUUUAGACGAAGGUGAAGAGGAUUCAGGUGGAGAUCAUAACCGUGGGGGGAAGAAAACGGCUGGCGGCGAUGUGGAGCUUGAAUCUGCUGCUUCCAAGAAAGGCAGAAAACUCACCGACAGUCAGCAGAGGAGGAAACAUCCCAACAAGCCAACCAGAAAAAAUAAAGCAGACAAAAAAAGAACAAAGGUUGGCAAGGAGGGUAGUCCCAAUCUCCGCGGCAGAAAAAGUGGGAAGAAGGGAGUCCUGUACCAGGAGAAACAUGAAGGCGAUGGGCCUGCAGCAAAACAGCCAAAAGCAGCCUCCCCUCUGGCCUCCUUCUUUGGCUCUUUUGAAAGACGACGAAGACUGCUUGUCAUCACCACCCCGAGUGAGGAGAACCGCAUGUAUACCCAGCAAAGAGACGAAUACCUAGAGAAUGUGUGUGAGAUGGCCGUCCGAAAACUCUCCAUUAUCACCAUCUUUGGCUCCUGGGACAAUGGCACCAUGAAAAUAGACCACUAUCAGCUCGAGCAGGAUCAGGCUUUGAAAGGGGUGCCGAGGGAAGACCUGACAAACCAGGUCCUUAUCAAAGCACUGAGGGAGGAACUGGGAAUGACGUUCAACGACUACUACAUGGUGGUGACCGACUUUGACAUGAAAGCCAAGCAAGAGUAUGAAGUGCCUAUUGCCAUGAAAGCCGUGUUCGAUUACAUUGACACCUUCUCCUCACGCAUCACCGAGAUGGAGCAACAGAAAAGGCAAGGCGUGACGUGCAAGAAAGAGGACAAGUCUAGAUCCUUGGAAAACUUCCUUUCGAGGUUCCGCUGGAGACGACGGUUGUUCAUCAUCUCUGCCCCCGACGAUGAAGAGUGGGCCUAUCAGCAGCAGCUCUACAGCCUCACCAGUCAGGCCUGCAAUCUGGGUUUACGCCAUAUGUCCGUGUUGAAGCUAGUUGGAAAAGACAUGGAAUUCAUGGGUGGAGUCCUGGAGCUUUAUCCAAUCAAUGGGAGUGCCACGGUCGAGAGGGAGGACCUCUCUGCCGCGCUGGUGAGAGACAUCAGGAACUACUUCCAGAUCAGCCCAGAGUACUUUUCCAUGCUGCUCGUGGGCAAAGACGGCAAUGUCAAAUCCUGGUACCCAUCUCCCAUGUGGUCCAUGUCCAUCAUUUACGACUUGGUGGACUCUAUGCAGCUACGUAGACAGGAGAUGGCUAUCCAACAGUCGCUGGGGAUGCGAUGCCCUGAUGACGAAUACAGUCACCAUGGAUACCAUGAACAAGAUCCAGAUGGAUACGGCCACCGUGGAUACGGUUACUAAGGGCCCUUGAAGAUGUUGUGAUUUGUAUGGAUAAAUGAAGCAGGUAAAUAGUUUGACAUAUGUGGUUCAGGCUCAGGUCAAAUAGUUAUUAAUAGCUUGUAUUGUUAUAAACUUGCUGGUAUUAAGGACAUUACACACCGGAUAGGUGCGGUUACUGCAUCAGGGCAAGUGAAGUAGUUUCAGGGAAGUUAUCAUUGAGAAAAAGCGUACUGAAUUGAUUUUCUGAUACUUUUCUAAUUAUUGCGUAAACUGCUUGGUAGUGUUUUUAGUCUUCUGCAGCUUUAACACGCUGGAAUUCCCAGCACAAUAUAGAAAACACAAAACAUUAUUUAGCAGAUUUUUUUUGACUGAACUCUGGUAUGUUCAGACCAGAGUUGAUAAUGUUUUUCUAUACCUUUUAUGUUGUACACCACCUCUGUUCAACCCCUUUCAAAGUCUUUCCCAUUUAAUUUGGCAGGAAGGCAAGUUCAUUUGUAAUUUAGGCCCUUAUUUGUUCAUGAAUAUUAUCGAUGUGCAAUGUGCAAGAUACAUCUUCUGGAUGCGCUGGGACGCAUCAUCAGUGACGUGACCUGGGUUCUCGGGUGUUUUCAGGUCUCUCAACAUCAGACACUCUCAUCCAGGUGACCCUAAUGGGUUUUUUUUGUAUUGCUGAUGAUUUAAAAUAAAACUGAUAUUUCAGCAAUAAUUUGAAUUUGCAGUAUCCAGUGAUAGUAUGAAAUGAGAUUUCAUUCAAUGAUGAAUGAUCAGUUCAUUUAUCAACAAAUGUCAAGUCAGUUGCCCAUAUAUGUAUCAAACCUAAUGAAUCUCA